CGAAAGUCUCCUCACAAGCUACCUCGGCGGUAACAUUCACAGUAGUCCAUUAGUACUCUACGCUCAGCAUCGCUUUCGCUUUCGCUUUCGUCGGACUUUACUCCUACCUGAUCUUAUAAUCUUGUGGUUAGAUCCGUUGCACGAGCAGACCCUUCCUUCAGUUCAAUUGAUAUUCUGAUCGGAGUGCAAGUCAACCCGUCCGCCGUUCAGAAAUCUACAUAAAAGGUAGCUCCAGCUAACGAGGUAGAGCUCGGCUUCCAGAGCUUUUGACGUCAAGCCAAGGACGCCCAUCGCAACACUUAUUUCUUAGCUACACAUUAGCUGUUAGCUACACGCUUGAGAAGGACUAGAUCUGUCAUACCGCUACAUUCCCAAAGUCAGUAUUAUGUUUCUAAUCUCUUGUCGAGUUGUACCAGCCAGGUUAUGCACGUCGCAAUUGUGCGAGUGCAGGUGCUUGUACUUCAUCACCUUUACUCGAGUACCAUAUAUGAUUUACCCCUCGGGUUCGAGUACUGUACCAUGAGGGGAUACUGCCAUUGGCUGCCUCUACGGCAGCAGCAGCAGCAGCUUCCAACAAGCUUGCAGUCCUCGCAUGCAGUAGCAGUACCUAGACCAAAAAGGACGGGAAGGUACUUCCGAGGCUGUUACUGACCAACCUCACAAUUGGAGCCCUUCCGUCCCUUUCUACUCGACCAAUUCUCUUUCAUUUCUUCUUGCAAACUUAUCUGGUCUGCCUGCUAUAUACUACCUGUCCACUAAUCACCUCAACAGAACCACCACCAUGUCGAGCAUUAAGAUUGCCCCUUUCGAGACGACUCCCAUUGAGUCCAUCUCCAGCACCGUCAACCAAUGCAAAACCACUUUCCGUUCCCAAAAGACAAAACCCCUCCAAUAUCGAUUGACACAAUUACGAAAGCUGUAUUGGGGUAUUGUCGAUAACAAUGAUGCGCUUGUCGAAGCAUGCAAACAAGACCUAGGAAAACCCGUCCACGAAACAUACAUUUCCGAGAUUGAAUGGUGCAAGAACGAUGUCAUAUUUGUGACGAAGAACUUGGCCAAAUGGAUGAAGGACGAGAAGGCACCCGACAUUCCCUUGACCAACUCGUUGUUGAACCCAAAAAUUCGAAAGGAACCGCUUGGCACAGUCCUCAUUCUGGGAGCAUACAACUUUCCUGUUCAAUUGUCACUUGGUCCAUUGGUUGGUGCCAUGGCUGCGGGCUGUACAGCUGUUUUGAAGCCUUCAGAGGUAUCACCAGCAACCGCAAUGGUCCUCCAAAAGAUCGUCCAGGAAUACCUUGAUCCCAGUGCCUAUUCCGUCGUUAAUGGUGCCAUUCCAGAGUCCAAUGCGCUACUCAAAGAGAAGUGGGAUAAAAUAUUCUAUACUGGAGGUGGGACUGUCGGAACUAUCAUCGCGAAGAAAGCCGCGGAAACGCUAACUCCUGUUUGCCUCGAACUUGGAGGCCGGAAUCCAGCUAUAAUCACCAAGAACGCCGAUCCUCGUCUCGCUGCUCGUCGAAUGUUGUGGGGAAAGCUCCACAAUGCUGGCCAAGUGUGUAUCAGCCAGAAUUAUAUUUUGGUUGAAAAAGAGAUCCUGCCCCAGUUCAUUGAGCAGUUGAAAAUUGCUUUGGCCGAGUUUUACCCCAAAGGACAAAAGAUCAGCCCUGAUUUCGCAAGAAUUGUCAAUGCCAGACAUUUUCAGAGAAUUAAGAAGAUGGUUGACGAUUCACAAGGAAAGAUUCUUAUUGGCGGAGAAAUGGAUGCAUCAGAGAAUUUUAUUGAGAUUACAGUAGUGCAAGUCAAAGAUACCAAUGAUUCUAUGAUUGUUGAUGAAUCUUUUGGUCCUUUGAUUCCUCUAUUGGCUGUUGAUGAUAUUGAGCAGGCGAUUAAGACUGCUAAUGCGGUUGAUUCAACACCACUUGGCUUAUACGCAUUCGGUACUAAGAAAGAGACUGACAAAAGUAAGUUGAUCCAGCUUUCCCGGGGAAUGAUCAGAUGGUUUGUAAAUUUGAUUAUUCUCCAUAUUGUUUAUAUUCAGCAAACAGCUAACCAUGAACCAAAGUUCUCAAUGAAGUGACCUCUGGUGGUGCAUCUGUGAAUGAUGCAUUCUUCCACGGUUCUAUCCCCACCUUGGCCUUUGGCGGUGUCGGACAUUCCGGACAAGGUGCAUACCGUGGAAAAUCAUCAUUUGACUGCUUCACGCAUCGUCGCUCAGUAACGACCACCCCAGGUUGGAUGGAAUCCAUGCUUGCUGUUCGUUACCCACCUUAUACAGAGGCCAAGACCAAACAAUUCAAACAAAUGAGUUCGAAGAAGCCCAACUUUGACCGUGACGGUAACGAAAUCAAGGGGCUCUUUUACUGGCUCUCUUUGUCAGGUGCUUUGGGCUCUGAGAGCCCAUCCGCUGCCUUGACCAAAUGGGCGUUGGUGGUUCUAUUUGCGAUUGGUGCGAAGCGAUAUGUGGAUACAGGUGUUUUACCUUCUUUGGCAGAUCUUCCUUUCUGGAAAAGGUGAGGGGGUGAUUGUUGGUUGUUGGAGGGCAAGACGAGGUUGUAUUAUAGGCUUAUGGGAUGAAUCUAUUGGGGACACGGUACCAUGGAGCUU